CCUGUAAUCACUUAAAAAAAUAUCCACUUGUUUCCAAACAUGAAAAAAGGAAUAAAAAUUUGCUCAUUACUUGUGUUUUUAAUUUAUCCAGCUCAAAAUAAAGAAACCCACUAAUUUUUCUGGGUUGAGUAUACUUUCUGAUCUUCCCUUCUAUCAAGCUUCAAACUUUCUUUGAAUGUUAUAUUAAUUAGUGAGCUCAAAUCAUGGCUUCAACUGUGAUUUACAAUUCAUUAACUACCUCAUCAACUGUUUUCUUAAGAACCCACUUACCAAUACUAUCUCAAUAUGAUGAACAACAUCAAUCGUCAUUAAUCUAUAACUCUAAAUACUACUUGAAGAAGCCCAAUUUUAGUGGGCAGAAGAAGAAAGAGAAGAAAGAGAUAUAUGUGAAGUGCUCUGCUGCUGUAGCAGAGUCCUUACAAACAUCUCCGGCGACCAAUGAUGUGAUCGCCGGAGAAACGCCGGAGAAGAAGCUCCGGAUAUUGGUCGCCGGAGGGGGGAUUGGUGGGUUGGUAUUCGCAUUGGCGGCGAAGAAAAAAGGAUUUGAUGUGGUGGUGUUUGAGAAGGAUUUGAGUGCUAUAAGAGGUGAAGGGAAAUACAGGGGACCAAUUCAGGUACAAAGUAAUGCUUUGGCUGCUUUGGAAGCUAUUGAUAUGGAUGUUGCUGAGAAAGUUAUGGAUGCUGGUUGUGUUACUGGUGAUCGGAUUAAUGGCCUUGUUGAUGGAAUUUCUGGUAAUUGGUACGUCAAAUUUGAUACUUUCACUCCUGCAGUGGAGCGGGGGCUUCCAGUCACUAGAGUCAUAAGCCGUAUGACAUUACAGCAAAUUCUUGCUCAGGCAGUUGGAGAAGAAGUGAUUAUGAAUGAGAGUAAUGUUGUGUCUUUUAAGGAUGAUGGAAGUAAGGUUACUGUGGUGCUUGAUAACGGGACGAGUUAUGAAGGUGAUCUUCUAGUGGGAGCUGAUGGAAUAUGGUCAAAGGUGAGAACAAACUUGUUUGGGCAUACAGAAGCUGUUUACUCUGGAUACACUUGCUACACAGGCAUUGCAGAUUUCGUGCCUGCAGACAUUGAUUCUGUUGGGUAUCGAGUAUUCUUGGGUCACAAACAGUACUUUGUUUCAUCAGAUGUGGGUGGAGGCAAGAUGCAGUGGUAUGCAUUUCACAAGGAAUCUGCUGGUGGUGCUGAUCAACCCAAUGGUAAAAAGCAAAGGUUGCUUGAAAUAUUCGGGGGAUGGUGUGACAACGUAACUGAUCUACUCGUUGCAACUGAUGAAGAGGCUAUUCUUCGACGUGAUAUAUAUGAUAGAACACCAAAGUUCACCUGGGGAGAGGGUCGUAUAACCUUGUUAGGAGACUCGGUCCAUGCUAUGCAACCCAAUCUGGGCCAAGGAGGAUGUAUGGCCAUCGAGGACAGCUAUGAGCUUGCUCGUGGGCUAGAAAAAGCAUGGCAGACGAGUGUUGAGUCUGGGAAACCGGUUGAUGUUGUAUCCUCGCUUAGGAGCUACGAGAGUGCCAGAAAACUUCGAGUUGCUAUAAUCCAUGGAUUAGCUAGAAUGGCAGCAGUAAUGGCCACAACCUACAAGCCCUUUUUAGGUGUAGGACUUGGUCCUUUGUCGUUUUUGACAAAAUUCAAGAUACCUCAUCCAGGAAGAGUUGGUGGUAGGGUUUUCAUCAGCCCAGCAAUGCCUUUGAUGUUGAGUUGGGUUUUAGGUGGUAACAGCGAAAAACUUGAAGGAAGGGUGCCACAUUGCAGGUUGUCAGAAAAAGCAAACAAUCAACUACGGAGAUGGUUCGAGGAUGAUGACGCCUUGGAGCGUGCUCUCAGUGGCGAAUGGUUUCUUCUCCCUCAAGGAAAUGAUGCUGAAACAUUAGAACCUAUUUGUUUGAGUAGAAAGGAAGACGAGCCGUGUACAAUUGGGAGUGUCUCUCAUGAGGAUCUUCCAGGUGUAUCUGUAGCCUUGCGUUCACCUCAGGUUUCAGAAAGACAUGCUCGAAUCAGCUGUAAGGAUGGAGCAUUUUUCUUGACUGAUUUGCGUAGCGAGCAUGGAACCUGGAUCACAGACAAGGAGGGAAGACACUAUAGAGUGCCUCCUAAUUUUCCUACAAGGUUCCAUCCAUCAGAUAUCAUUCAAUUUGGCUCAGACAAAAAGGCAUCGUAUCGCGUCAAAGUAUCGAUGACAUCUCCAAAUUUGGCACAGAACAAGCAGAAUGCAGGAGUACUGCAGACAGUGUGAAAUCCCUUGUCACUUUUAUCACCACAUUUCGAUUAGUUGACAUUAGUAAGUGUACAGAAUUAUUCUGAGAGGUUGCCACAAUGCUCUCGAGUUUCGACCAUAUAGUUACCACACACAUAAUUAGAAGCCAGUUAAUCUUUCGUAUAGAUGUAAUAUAAUAUUUUGGUUCUUCUUGUGUUAUGAUUAUGGUCACAUUUUACCUUCUUUUUUUGGGAAGAGAUUGAAAUUGUACGAGUGUAUGUAUAUAUGAUUGAAGUACGGUUUCUGUUGAUAA